ACCACCCCCAAUCUUUUAACUUUUUAUUUUAAAAUACAGAUUUACAGGAAGUUAUAAUGAGAAAUGUACAGGGUGGUCCAUUGGACCCUUCACCCAGUUUGCCCCAGUGGGAACGUUUUCUUUAACUAUACUAUAAUAUCAAUUGUCAACCAUCGAUUUUCAUUUAGCAGAAAUUGACUGAGCAGCUAUUAUAUGCUAGCUCUUUAACGUAUAAAGGAUUAAACUCUGACCUUUUGGGUUUCUGUCAUCUCUCUGGAUUUUCACUGUUACUGUUCUAAAAAUAUGUUUUGUUUUGGCUACUUAUCGUUGACACUUAUAUUAGCAGUUAUUUUAAUGUUAAACAUUAUGUUAUUUCUCACAUUUAUAUUUGCUGUUUUAACACAAUUUUUCAUUGUGUUCCCAUAUUCCAUUUAUAAUCUUCACAGUAUCAGAACCAUGUUGCCUGCAUUGUCUUUUUUUAAUCACGUGCCAGUUUUGCAGUGCUACCAAGUCUGGGUCUGAGAGGCAGCUUGUGUGACUCAUUUACAUACAUUUCUGUUUAUAUUCCCCAAAUUAAUUUGCAACUUUAUAUUUUUCUUCCAAUUACAUGUUCAAAACAUAUUUUUAAUAAUUUAAGAAGGAAUUUGUCAUAUGUAGGAUUUAAAAACUGGCUCAAAAAGGAGAAGCUAUUAAACAAUAGCAGAAAUCAAACAGUAUGUAGGACUUUAAAUGGUAAUUGCUAAACAUUUGAAUGUUCCCAAAAAUGUGAGUCUGUGUGUCUGUGUGUGUCUCUACAUGUUAUUCCACUAGGGACUUGCACAGAUAGGUUUUGCACAAUAUCCUUGCUGUUAUUGUCAGCCAUAAACAAAUUACACGUAUUUAACAAGUUAAUGUCAGAUUGGCCAGGAGCCACUGGGAGGUGUGUACUUAGUGACAUCAGCUGGCAAAGAGCCCUGGUAACAGGGAGGGUUGGAAGGGUAGUGAAGAGAGAGGAAGCAGGAGGGAGGGAGAAAAAGAGAGAGACAGAGAGAGACUGACUGUAUCUGGGGAUUCUGGCAAGGUGAAGAGCUGGUCUGUUUGGCAGGACCUUCCCAUCUGGGAUCCAUCUGUGUUUCCCUGGAAUGGGACAGGCAGCUCUAGUCAGUGAGAAAUCGCAGAUGUGAGAGAGCUGACACAUGUCCAGCUAAUGAGAGGAGGAGGAAGACUGGUCUCCGAUUGAGCUUUGAAGAUUAGGAGGAGAAAAAGGGGAGCUUUUAAAUAUCUAUUUCAAAUAAAUUUGGUAUAUUUAAGAAUCUGGAUUGUUUAUAAUCUGGGCAUUUGGGUUGGUCCUGAGAAAAGGGUGCCAGCAAUGCCUGGAUCGCCUGUAGAAGUGAAGAUACAGUCCAGAUCCUCACCUCCCACCAUGCCACCCCUCCCACCAAUAAAUCCUGGAGGACCGAGGCCAGUGUCCUUCACUCCUACAGCAUUAAGCAAUGGAAUCAACCAUUCUCCUCCUACCCUCAAUGGCGCCCCAUCACCACCACAGAGAUUCAGCAAUGGUCCUGCCUCUUCCACAUCAUCUGCACUCACAAAUCAGCAGUUGCCAGCGACUUGUGGUGCUCGACAGCUCAGCAAGUUGAAACGCUUUCUUACCACUCUGCAACAGUUUGGCAAUGACAUCUCCCCUGAGAUUGGGGAGAAGGUGCGGACUCUUGUUCUUGCACUGGUGAACUCAACAGUGACAAUUGAGGAGUUCCACUGUAAGCUCCAAGAAGCCACAAACUUCCCCCUUCGUCCUUUUGUGAUUCCAUUUCUCAAGGCCAAUCUGCCCCUGCUGCAGCGAGAACUGCUGCACUGCGCUCGGGCAGCCAAGCAGACCCCAUCCCAGUACCUGGCUCAGCAUGAACACCUUCUGCUCAAUACAAGCAUUGCAUCGCCUGCUGACUCUUCAGAGCUGCUCAUGGAAGUACAUGGAAAUGGGAAGAGGCCCAGUCCGGAGAGGAGAGAAGAAAAUAAUUUUGAUAGAGAUACAGUUGCUCCUGAGCCUCCUGCCAAGAGAAUAUGUACCAUCAGCCCUGCUCCUCGGCACAGUCCUGCCCUCACUGUGCCCCUCAUGAAUCCUGGGGGCCAAUUCCAUCCUACCCCUCCGCCUCUUCAGCAUUACACCUUAGAGGAUAUUGCAACUUCUCACCUGUAUCGGGAACCCAACAAGAUGCUAGAGCACCGAGAAGUUCGUGAUAGACACCACAGUCUUGGUCUAAAUGGAGGCUAUCAAGAUGAGUUGGUAGAUCAUCGUUUGACAGAAAGGGAAUGGGCUGAUGAAUGGAAACAUCUUGACCAUGCACUGAAUUGCAUUAUGGAAAUGGUAGAGAAAACAAGGCGCUCCAUGGCGGUUCUGCGGCGCUGUCAGGAAUCAGAUCGUGAAGAACUCAACUACUGGAAAAGACGGUACAAUGAAAACACAGAGCUGAGGAAAACGGGGACUGAGUUGGUCUCCAGGCAACACAGCCCUGGGAGUGCAGAUUCCCUCAACAAUGAUUCUCAGAGAGAAUUCAACAGCAGGCCAGGUACAGGAUACGUACCUGUGGAGUUUUGGAAAAAAACAGAAGAAGCUGUGAAUAAGGUGAAAAUUCAGGCCAUGUCAGAAGUACAGAAGGCUGUCGCUGAAGCAGAGCAGAAAGCCUUUGAAGUGAUUGCAACAGAGAGAGCACGAAUGGAGCAAACCAUAGCGGACGUCAAGCGACAGGCCGCGGAGGACGCUUUCCUCGUCAUCAACGAGCAAGAGGAGUCCACAGAGAACUGCUGGAACUGUGGCCGCAAAGCCAGCGAGACAUGCAGUGGCUGCAAUAUCGCACGAUACUGCGGCUCUUUCUGCCAGCACAAGGACUGGGAGCGGCACCACCGCCUCUGUGGUCAGAACCUGCAUGGCCAGAGCCCCCACGGCCAGGGCCGGCCGCUGCUUCCUGUAGGCAGGGGCUCCUCUGCCAGGUCCGCCGACUGCAGUGUGCCCAGCCCAGCCCUGGACAAGACCUCGGCAACCACCUCACGUUCCUCAACACCUGCCUCCGUGACAGCCAUCGACACCAACGGCCUCUGAGCCCCAGACUCUAGUUACCCUGAUGGCCACUCAGUACCACAGAACGUUUGGACCAAGGGACUGGCUGUAGGAACCCAUGCAUGUAGCUGCUGGGUCAUCAGCAAGAAUUGGAGGCAGGAAGAGUCCAAGCCUGAAUAAUAGCACCCACAGCCUCUCUGGGCACUUGCCGUCUGUGGAGCCAGUGUGCCAUUCUCUGCACAUGCCCAGCCCCACUGCCACCUCCAUGGCUUUCCUGGUUGUUCCUCUCCCCACUGAAGCUGGCUUAGCCAGUUCCUUCUCAGUGUAGACCACCAGCUCCCCUCCCCAUCUCCUUGAGUCAGCAGACUUUUGAAUGUGCCCAGCUAGGCUGGAGGUGGCAGGCAGCAGGCUGGUGGAGGAAGCCCCUCGGAUAGGGAGAAGCCCCCUCACCCUGAACAGCUCCUUCAGCCCCAUCUCCACCCUCAGCAGAUGACACUGGUUGGCCUCAUGGGGACUUGGGUAAGCAACAGGCGGCACUCAGGACUCCCUUCUCAACCCUGCUGUUCAGACUGGCUCCGAUCUCAGAGUCCACAGGAAAGAUGUCACUGUUGCAAUAAAAGCACCCAUAGUAGCAAAAACAUAAACAAAUAAAACUUCCCGCACAUCACAGAUGAUUUUGGACAAGCUUUUCCAGCCUUACUGGCUACUUUAAUUUGGGACCCGUCUUUUUCUCUUGAUUUUGCUUGUGCAGAAAAUAGUUUCCAGCGCAUGGAUUGGUCUGAGAGAGAAUGAGACUCAGUUGUGGAUAGUCUGUUCUCUCUGAGCAUGUUGGCCAAACUAGUAUCGUCAAAUUACUGAGUGGAUCAUCUCAUGGAAAUACAGACCUUCUCCCACCACUUGGCUGUUUGCACAGUCGUCUUGUUAUGUGUCCUUUUAUCUCAGACCACACACAUCUGGACUGCUGUGGGCAUAUUCUGUCCGUGGGCUUUAUUUGGUACCUGCUGAGCCACAGUUGUCCUGCUGGAUAUGCUGUGGCAGGUUGGUAGGACUCGCCCCCGCUGUCAAGGCCUGGUCUCAUCUGAGCAGCCCUUCUGGACCUGAAAGAAUUCUUCAAACCUCAUCAUUUCAGGUCAUUACACCUACUAAGUGGAUUUAUUAUCAGGCAC